UCCAGUUGAAAAAACUUCUAGUCAGUAGUCUGUCAAAAUUCUUAAUCAAACUAUUGAAUUUAUUGAAAAUUUGGUAUUAAUUUUUUUAAAUCUAGCCGAGUAUGAUCUCGUUUAUUCAAUAACAAUAAUAUCUUAUCUACAAACCGCCUCUCAGCUUAUUGACUUUUAAGAAUAUUUUUCGUUAAGCGCUGAUUCAAGUCCUCAUGCAGCAUAUUUUACGUAGAGGUCCUCUCUAUCUAUGAACUUUGCUUGUAAUGGGAAUUAUUUUGCGAAAGGAAUUCUAAAUGUUUGAGUGACCUUUUUGGGGUAAAAGAAAUAAAUGCGAAGCUCAGACGCAGGCCAGACAAAUUUCCAGAGUAUAGGGGAUGAAGAUUCUAUUAAUUUUCAGCCAUCACCGAAUUUCAAACAUAUGAAAAAAUAUUUAAAAUGCAAGUUUGGGGAGGAGAGUCACUCGCCCCAAUAUCAUGCAGUAACAGAAUUCCCGGAAGCAGAAGCUAUGGAAAAGAAGGGAAAUGAGCAGACCGAGAAGGUUGACCCACCUUUACCUAACCGUCCACCGCUGCCGCCGCCGGAUCCACUCCUUGCAAAUUUAAAAAAGGAAAUCGUCAAUGAAGAAUACAUAGAUACAUCAUCAAUAACCAUAAAUAUCAAAACAGAUCCAACCGAGAAUGACGGAAAGCCUAAUGACGUCGAAGAGACUAUGUGUCGUAAUUUUGUGCGUAACACUUGCAAUCGUGGUGCGUCAUGUAGAUAUCUCCACAAAAUAAUACAUUCCCAACUUAAAGGAGUUUACAGAUUCUGUAUUGAUUUUGAAAAUAAAAAGUGCACACGUGCAGAAUGUUCAUAUGCUCACGCCACAGUGCACGAGAAAGAACAUUUCUUCAGAACGGGCUAUUUACCACCAAAUACAUUGAGCCAUAUUAAGAAAAAAACAGUCCUACCUCAAGCUAAAACCAAAGCGACGACACCAAACAUGUCGGCGCCUUAUAGUGCUGAUCAAACAUUUCCACUGGGUAUUAAUACUGUUCCCGCCUACCCAAAUACAUCCAAUAUGAAGAUGAUCCAAAAUCCAUAUCCCGGUAUGAUCUCACCUACGACGAGGCAGUGGCUAGGAAUGGAGGAGAAAACAUCAGAGCUGUCGGCGAACUAUAGCGGCACUACGUACCCCCAUAGUGCUAGCACCAUCCCGAUGUAUACAAACACGCCGAAUGUGAACGUGAUGCAAAACCCAUACGCCAGGCAAUGGCCAGAAACUGAAGACAAAUCGCCGACCGUGAUGCACAAUCCAUACGCCACUGUGAUGUCUCCUACGAAGAGGCCGUGGACAGAAAUGGAAGAGCCCAUGAUACAACCCACACGCGAGUACGCAGAGUACGCUGAAGCGACUGAAUCUAAGAAAUGCAGAAACUGUGAUGUCAAUGAGUUCAGGUUGCAGCAUAAUAAAAACAAAAUCAUAAAAAUGAUGGAAGACGCGGAUGAUCUGAACAAGCGUGUCGGGCAAAUAACUAAGAAGAACAAUAAACUAAACGAAGUUCUAGUUCUGCUCAUUGAAGCUGUGGCUGAACACUGCAACCCAGAGGCUAGCGAUGAAAUGAGUUUCGAGCAUAACGCAGCACAAAUUAUGAAGAAUGUAAUGGCUGCAGAACGCGGAGAGUCUAGUAUGUCACCGGAAGACAUGUUCUAUGAUUAACUUGUAAGAAGUUACAAAUUAUUAUUGCAAUUUGCAAUUAUUAUGACUGUUAAAACAACAUCCAUUUACCAAACGCGUAAGACCACAACAAGGUGGAUUUUUUAUUUUUUAUUUAGUGUAAGUUUUUUUUUUUACAAUGACUAUUUUAUUAUUUUACUGUCGUUUUAUUAUCUUAUAAACUGACUAUGUGUUAUCAAAAGUAAUCAUGUUUUCAGUAUUGGUUAUUGAAUAAAAUAUUUCACCUAUUGUUGUGUAAACUUGCAAAUAAAAAAAAACCGAAGCUGGCCUUUGAGGGUUUCUAAAGAAAGAAUGGAUGUUUUAUAGCACCCAAAAUUAACUUCAAAAUAUUAGAUUGCAUUAUAUUGAUUGCAUGAGUUAUGUGAAAUUACCUAUGUGGUAGGUAAUUGGUUUUAGAUUAUAUUUGUUUCUUAGUUUUCUUUAUGUCAAGAUAAAAACUGAAUAAUAUGCUAGGAUACAUGUUUCCUUAUUUUUCAUUAGCACAUUCCGAUUUAAAAUCGUAUUUUAAUUCAUGUUAGUAUAGCCAGAUAUCUGAUAAAUCCUCUACUAUAUAUUAUUUAGUUUUUUGUAUUUAAAAUAUAUAACAUAAUUGUUUAUUUAUUUCUAAGGUAGACGAGCAUAAGUCUUACCUAAUGACAAUAAGAUUCACCUUCACAUUGAAGAUUAUUAUCCUAUAAAUUUUGUACUGUUUCUCCAGCAGUACGUAAUAUAAAAAUGAAACAAUUUUAAGUGUACCCUGACUUGAAUAAUGAUAUUGUUAAGGACUGGCAAUAUGUUUCUGUGAAUGCCUUUAAAGAAUCUCUAUGUUCAUCGCUAAAAGAUAAUAUUUAGAUUUUAUCUAUGAUUUUAGAGUUUUUCGCAAAACUUUAACGUGAAUAAGUGUAAACCUUAAUGUAGGGGUCGUAGUAACAAGUGCAAGCAUUGAUCUUCAUGAAUUAGUAAAAUGUUUGUAGGAAACAAAAAAAAUAAGUAUCUCAUUCAGAAAUUUUAAAUGGCAUUGCAUUUACACGAAUGUGUAGGUAUUUUCUUUUGUAUUGUUUUUAUCAUGUUCUUCGAUUAAUUAUGUUUUAAUUAUUUCAUGUUUAGAUGAGGAAACAUUGUAUCAGUGAUCGCAAUAAUACAAACGAAAUGUAAAAACGCAAUAAACAAAACAUAAAAA